AUCUUUUUUGGAAUCUUGUUAUCUGGAUUUUAUAAAAACCUCAUUUUACAUUACUAUUGUCUUGCUUCAAAAUCAUACAAACAAAAAAGAGGUAUUCUUUACCAGCUUCAUUAAGCUUAAAAAACAUCCUUACAAUGGCUUCUUCUUCAUUAAAUCCUACUAUAAUAUUGCCUGGUUAUCCAAAUUCAGAUGGGUCUCCUUCUCUUUCAAAUCUUUGCACAAAUUUUGCCAAAAGAUCACAACUUUUUUCAGAUCACAAGGGUUUAACUUCAACUUCUUGGAAUGCUAAAACCCCUGUUCAUGUACAUGCAUCACUUUGUAUAAGCAAAUCUAUGAGAUGGUGGGAAAAGACACUAAAGUCCAAUAUGAUUGAAAUCAAUUCAGCCCAAGAAUUGGUAAACACAUUAUCAAAUUCAGGGGAUAGAUUGGUCAUUUUGGGAUUUUAUUCACCUGGUUGUGGUGGUUGUAAAGCUUUACACCCAAAGAUCUGUCAAUUAGCUGAAUCAAACCCUGAUGCAAUUUUCCUUCAAGUGAAUUAUGAAGACCUAAAACCUAUGUGUCAUGCUCUUCAUAUUCAUGUCCUGCCCUUUUUUAGACUAUACAAAGGUCAUGAGGGCAAGGUUUGCAGUUUUAGCUGCACCAUUGCAACUAUCAAGAAAUUUAAAGAUGCAUUAUCAAGGUAUAAACCAAAUGGAUGUAAUCUUGGUCCCGCCAAAGGAUUAGAAGAGUCUGAGCUGUUGAGUUUAGCUUCAAUUGGUCAAAUUUCAUAUAACUUGCCAUUAAAGUCAAAUGAGGAUGAUUUGCUCCUCAAAGAGAUUAACACAUCAAGCAAAGAAUUACUUCUUGCAUAAGUUUUAGGUUCUAGUUCGACAUGGUUCGGGUCAAGGAAACAAGUUCCGACUCAAACCUUAGUAAAACCGCAAAAUGCUGGUCUGUCGGAUUGGGUUAUAUGAUACGGAGUAGAUUUUAAGUUGUACAUAGUCUUUGUAAACCUAAAAGGGGGCUUGCUGGUUUUUAGUUGAAGGAUAAGCCCUGCUUGUUUGCUUUUUUUAUUUAUAUUAUAUACUCCGUAUAACAUUGAAGAUGUUAUUUUGAAUGAUUGUUUUAUACUCAAGUUAAAUGUACAACUGUUGUAAUGGAUAUUAAUAACAAACAUGUCAAAUCAUAAUCCUAUUUAGUUUGGUAA